UUUACAUGGGGUACUGAAAUUGGGUGAAUUUAUUUGUAAGACGAACUCUGUAUAAGUUUUCCUGUUCUAGAAGUGUUUCAGAAAGUAGACUGCCAGUCAGCGUCAGUCUCAUUAAACAAAUAACAUGACCGCUUUGCUGACUUUACCUAGACGCUAUUUCACUAGAAUUGUCAAAACCAGCGGAGGAGACGUCGGAGGUAGCUCCAUAAAACGGUACAGAGUAACACGGACCUCACACGUCUUAGGGUGUCCGAAACCAGCGACUUCGUUUCGUCGAGGUCUAUCAAGGACAUAUUAUGCCAGUCAGCAGGUCUCACAAAAAUUUGCACAUGCUCAGAAACAGAGAGAACCUUCACCACCAUGUUUUUUUGCUGCCAGAGAACCUUACAUAAAUGCUAUGAAAACAGCGGGCUUUUUGGUGGAGGUGGCAGUGCCCCGCAGCAGACGUUAGAGGAUAUUGCGAAAAGUAUUAGAGAACGACAAUACAAAAGAAUAACUGUGAUGGCAGGAGCAGGAAUCAGUACUCCGAGUGGAAUUCCAGAUUUCAGGUCACCUGGAAGUGGUUUGUACGACAACCUCCAGCAGUACAACCUGCCUUACGCUGAGGCUAUCUUUGAAAUCAACUAUUUCCACUACAACCCCAAACCCUUCUUUGCCUUGGCAAAGGAGUUGUAUCCUGGUAAUUACCAGCCAAACCUGACACACUACUUCAUCCGCUUACUUCAUGACAAGGGCCAGCUACUCCGGAUGUACACUCAGAACAUAGAUGGGCUGGAACGGAUGGCAGGUAUUCCACCUAAGAUGUUGGUGGAGGCACAUGGGACGUUUGCCACAGCCACUUGUAUGGUUUGUCGCAGGGACUACAAAGGAGAAGAGCUGCGAAAUGACAUAAUGGAUGGAACAGUGCCUAAUUGCCCUCACUACUUCCCAAUGACAGACCUACUAAUUGUAAUGGGAACAUCUUUAGAGGUAGAGCCCUUUGCCAGCUUGGCUGGAACUGUGCGUGGUUCUGUUCCUCGCCUCCUGAUAAAUCGUGAUCCGGUUGGGCCUUUUGCCUGUGGGUCUCCACGGCACAAUGACGUGGCUGAGCUAGGAGAUGUGGUGAGUGGGGUAAGGAAGCUGGCAGAGGCCCUGGGUUGGAUGUCUGAGCUGGAGGCACUUAUGGCUGCUGAAACUCAGAAGGCUUCCAGGAAAAGUGAUGCAUGAGCAGUGAGAUUUGAGGCAAGCUUCACUGCAGGACUCUUCCUCUUACCACACAGCCGUGUGAUGUCAUAGCUCGAGCCACAGUGCCCUGGCAUGGCCCACUGGCUUGUGAGUGGGCACAGAGGAACUGGGAGUGAGGCUACACUGUGAGGGCUGCAGUGCUCUGAGACUCUUACUGCAGUGGUUGCUUCACAGCCUCAAGCUUAUUGGGGAAUCCUUAAUUCCCUAAUUAGUCCAUUGGAUGAGUUUAAUUUUAGCCUCUGAUACUUUGUCUUUAGUGGUUUUGUGGUUGGUGUUUUAUGAUAUAGGCUUUUCAUGUCAGCACUUUGAAAGCUCUCUGAUGUUUUGAAUGUGUCUGAUAGCACAUCCUUCUUCAAUUUUAAAUAAUAGUAAUUUACAACUGAGUCAUAAACAAUGAAUUAUUAAAUGUGAUAUUCUUUACAGAUGAUUUUCAUUGCUAUUUUAAAGGUAAAGGCAUUGAACAUUAUCAUGUAGUUUCUUGAUAAUUUCAAUAACUUAUUCAUUAAAUACUAUACUUUGAUUGCAGUCAGAAGAGGGAUAAAAUCAAACCUUCCAGUGUUCCAUGGAAGAUCAUAACAAGCAUUAUGUCCAUAAUAAAGCUCCACUUCUAGGUGGAGCUAAUCAAUGUCAAUAAACUCUCAUUAAGGAAUUAAAAUUUUACUCCUUUACAGUAA